AUGAAAUAUAUUACAGACUGUAUUAAGUAUAAAGGAGAGACCAUCUAUUCCACAUAUGAAUACAGUAAAGAUUCUAGACACGGCUGCAUUCUCUGGAAAAACAAGAAGAUGAAGACCAGCGGAACGUUCUCCAUGCUCAUAAGAGGAAGCAGGCUAAUUGCAGGAAAUUACAAUGAAAUAUGCGUAAUAGACCUAGACACUUCAAGCAGCCUGCAAAGUACAACCUACAAAAAUAAUGCUGUAAAUUACUAUUUUGCAGAGUAUGAUGGUAUUAUCUACUCAACAGGGCUGGGGUGCUAUUCUGAAGUAGAUACUAACACAGGACACACUAUGGAGCAUCCAUACAUUUGUGAUGGCAAAAAAUGCAUUCACGACAUACUUUCUAUAGCAGUAGACAAAAAUCACAUAUACAUAGGAUGCGAUGGUGGGUAUUUAUCGUGCAUCAAUAGGAGCACAUACGAGGUGCAAUACACACGGGCCUUUUCAGCGGGGAUAACAUGGCUAAGCACAUUCUUUGAAGUGCCUGAGGGCAGACAGCAUGUCCUAGAGGUAGGGACAUACACAGGAGAGUACGCCAUGAUUAUGGACGGUGAGACUGUGCUGCAAAAAAACACAAAGUCUAUUAUAUGGAGAAUACAUAAGGUUAAUAUAAAUGGAGACUCUUAUAAUGUGGUUGCGCAGUCAUACGAUGGAAUAGGCAUCUAUACCGGCCAGAUGGACCUGGUUCAAAAUAUUCCUACAAGUGACCUUGUGUAUACUAUAGAUAUAGAUGAAGCAAAAGGGCAGGCAUAUGGGUAUAAUUAUUACACUGGUGAGGUAAUGUCCGUAGACCUGCAUGCUAUAGCCCAAAAUAGAAAGACUAAAUAG